AUGCUGGUCGCUCGUGGUGUGUACAAGGCAGCGGCGGUGCGUGCCGAGGUUGCUCGCGCCGCUCUGCCUGGUGUGCGUACAAUGUCUACUUCGCCUUUUCGCCCGAGCAGCCCCCAGCUGCUCCGCGCGACGCAGCCGCAGGCUGUGGCGACGCCGAUCAUUAUUGGCUGCUCGCUGAUCGGAGCUGGUCUGGCGGCCCGUAUGAUGAUGAGCCCCAAGUCGGGUGCCUCGGGCAAGUGGGUCAAGGGCGGAUUCCAGGCCAAGAUGGACCGCAAGGAGGCCGUCCAGAUCCUCGGCUUGCGCGAGUCGAGCGUCACGCGGAAUCGUAUUAAGGAUUCGCACCGCCGUAUGAUGAUUGCCAACCACCCGGAUCGUGGCGGAUCGCCGUACUUGGCGAGCAAAAUCAACGAGGCCAAGGACCUCUUGGAACGCAACACGUCGCGUUGA